UUAAAGAAGAAAUAGACAAGCAUAAAAAAGAAGACGGAAUACCCACUCUUUUUAAUUUCAUUGCCUAAGAGAAAAACAUAUCUAGCUCUAUAUUGUUGCUGCAAAAAUAAAAAAGGAUGUAUCCGCCUUUUUCCAAAAUCUGGUAUAUAAGAGAUCUCGAGCAUUCCAAAACCUAAGAAAGCAACAAGGAAAGCGCAUCCCCACUAAGAAGGAGGCAGCUACCCUCAUUAUUCCCAAAUUAUACAUUAUUUUUUUUUAAUAUAAAAAGAACAUCAAUGAAAAAAGAAGAGAUUUUGUGAAUAAAGAAGUACAACCUAAGGUAGCUUGCUUACUCUUUUCUUCCACGUGAACCACCACCCAAUUUUCUUACUGUCCAGCUCUCUCUAAAAAAGAAGAUAGGAAAUUUUUUAUUUAAAUAAUGAGAGAGAGAGAAGAAAAGCAACGGUAAAGAUAAUAGAAGUAGUUAGCCUAGUUCCCUAUCCCAUUUCUUAAAAACGAAAUAAGCACGAUUUCCAGUCCGAGUAAGGAGCUAAAGUAGGGCUCCGCACCGGGGGCCCAACUCUCAUCAAGUUAGAAAGAAAAAUAGUAGUCCACCUGAGCUCGACCAACGGGAGAGGAAAGAUUUGUCAACCGGGGCAUUCCGGGUUUGUGUACUUAUUCAAUUUCGUGAUUUGUGGCUUAGCGCAACAAAAAAAUAAUAAAAUACAAGUAAGAAAAUGAAAACUUUUUUUUACUUGCCUUACAGACGAGUACGGGAAAUACAAAAGCAAAUAAAUGACAAAGGAAUUGCGUAUAUAAUCGGGCGAGUAAGUGUGCUUAGAUCAAUUAUAAAAUACACGAAUAAGAAGUCCGCACCCAACAAGCAACGCCUUACUCACAUAGGGGUGGUCUUAGACCAGCAGCAAGAAAAGGCGCCCUAAGAAAAUAAGGCGUGCUAACGCGCAACGGUGGUCGUAGAUCAGCUAGCGCUCAAUCCGUUGCUUGUUUGCAUGGGUCACUUCUCCAACUUCGUUUCCUUCCCCCUCCCUAAACGAUCUACCGUAGAUCAAACGGUGAUGAGUAAGGCGACGAGAGUGUGUCAGUGUUCAGGGGAAGGGAUGGCGACAUAUUAACGGAACUUACCCUCGCUCGCUACCCCCUCUACCUCUUACCGCCUACUGGUUAGUCAAUCUCUCUCUCUUGCUCUCUCCUAGGGUAACUGCAAUUACGUACCUUGUCAACUACAGCUCGGUUUGUGGAGGACCGCCCGUCUCUCUCUCUCCUGGUUUGUGUGGCUUAGCUCGCUUCGGUGGGUACACUCCUCUCCGGUCAUAGGGGUGUCUAUGUGUUGUAUCCAACAUACCGGGACGACGUUAACAAGCUUCUUUUUUAAGGGGUUACGACUCAACAAUGAUCCCAUUCCGUCUUGUUACUCUCUCCCCCGAUCGUCGCGCGGGUGGAGUGAGGGGCUCUGGGGUACUACCACGGCACCACCCGAGGCCAUUGAUGGAAAAGACGGACAAAAGUAUGAAGCUCCGGCCAUAUGUAGCGAGCUGAGGUUGGGAGGUAAGCCUCGCUCGUGAGACAUGGCCCAAUUUUACUUUUUGUUUCAUACACAUUAGAAACAGGGGAGUUGGCUGGAGUUGCGCGAAGUCGGCAUGGACUUAUUCGAAAUACUAAACCACUUUUUGAACGCUCAUGGGGGGAUUAUGAAUCACCCGCCGGCUCCAGAACCAGAACCGGGGGCGGCUCACGAGGCGCCCCCGCUAGCGCCAGCACCGGCGGAAGUUCCCCAUGCCCCCCAUCCGAAUUUGGACCCAAAUCCUCUGGAGCAAGAGAUCGGAGGAGAAAGCCUUUUUCAGAUCUAUUCCCGCCUGGUCUUCACUUACAGGGGGAAGACACACUUGCCUUCAUCUGAGUUGCUACUCGAUAAAGCUCGCUCUAUCUUAGAGAUCAAGGGGCAAAGACUCCACAAAAUGGAGGUGCGAAAGCUGCAGGUGGAGGCUGGCUUGAAGGGGGGGCUAAAUUCCUAAAAACUGGGAGGGGGAAUGAGUUUUCGCUGGACACUCUGGGUGAAGUCUUCCAGAGUCUCGAACGUAGGGGCACCGAGAGCUCCUACUUUCAGUCUUUUCGCCAGAAAAGAGAUCGGGGAGACCUUUGACUUUUUCUGGGGACUUUUCCACCGGGGAUAUAGAAAGUCAUUCCUUCUUUUUCCGGUAUGCCGCUCCGCAAGCAAGGAGUGCCACGCACGAGCGGAGCGAAAACAAAGCAAGGGUGGUCUACGAUCAGCUCGACCGCAGGGUGGUCUACGAUCAGGUGGUCGUAGAUCAGGCAAUCAAACUACUGCGCUAGCGCGCCCAGCAAGCAACCAAGCAACGGAUGAGCGCGACGCGCGAGACGUCAGUAUAGGAGCGCGCUAGCGCAACGUUUUCUUGCUGGGGCGCGCUAGCGCGCUCAUGGAGUUGAUUCUUUGGUAAGCAUGCGAAAUCCUUUGAUUGCGUAUUGAAUAUACAUCCAUGUCUUUCUUGUUCACUAGCUAGGACCAAAUUCUCACAUGUCCGUUUCGUUAUUACAACCUUCUUUCUUUAUGUCAAAGACCAGAAGCUACGCGCAAAUUCUCAUUGGAUCUCGGUUGUUCUUAACAGCGAUGGCUAUUCAUUUAAGUCUUCGGGUAGCACCACAAGAUCUUCAACAAGGUGGAAAUUCUCGUAUUCCGUAUGUACAUGUUCCUGCGGCUCGGAUGAGUAUACUUGUAUAUAUCGCAACGGCUAUAAACAGUUUUAUGUUCCUAUUAACAAAACAUCCCCUUUUUCUUCGCUCUUCCGGAACCGGUACAGAAAUGGGUGCUUUUUCUACGUUGUUUACCUUAGUGACUGGGGGGUUUCGGGGAAGACCUAUGUGGGGCACCUUUCGGGUGUGGGAUGCUCGUUUAACCUCUGUAUUCAUCUCGUUCCUUAUUUACCUGGGUGCACUGCGUUUUCAAAAGCUUCCUGUCGAACCGGCUCCUAUUUCAAUCCGUGCUGGACCGAUCGAUAUACCAAUAAUUAAGUCUCCAGUCAACUGGUGGAAUACAUCGCAUCAACCUGGGAGCAUUAGCCAAUCUGGUACAUCAAUACAUGUUCCAAUGCUCAUUCCAAUCUUGUCCAACUUUGCUAACUCCCCCUUCUCAACCCGUAUCUUGUUCGUUCUGGAAACACGUCUUCCUAUUCCAUCUUUUCCCGAAUCUCCUUUAACGGAAGAAAUAGAAGCUCGAGAAGGAAUACCAAAACCUAGUUCACUCGCUGAGAUUGACGGUUCAUGCCGGAAAGGUACGAAGUUGGACUAAUUUGGAAACAUUGGGCAAUUUACUUUAUACCUACUAUUCCGUCUGGUUUUUGGUUCCUAGUCCUAUUUUAUUAGUAGCCAUGAUUGGGGCUAUAG